AGCCAUUCAUUCAUUUGGAUAAGAUAUUUGCUAAAUCCCAAUACAAGUUUUAUGAUUCAAUCAGAAAUUAAACAUUGUGGAAACAAGCCAUGAAAACUCUCAGCAUUCUUCAACAAACACCUUUACACAUUACAAAAUCAACGCCAUGGUGGAAGAGGCGGAGUAACCCAUUCCUCCACCAGCUUCACUGCAAAAACCCACAAAAUUGGCGGCAGCUGCAAGCCGGAGCAAAGGGCUUUGGUGGGACAUCAUCAUCAUCAUCCUCAUCAUCUACAACCAAUAUACAAGAGCAGCCAAAAGAUAAACAAAAACCUGGCGGAAAAAGUUACAGGAAAACCGAAGACAACGAUGACAAAAUACCUGAUGCGGUUUGGGAGAGGAUGAUUUCAAGAAUCUUGUUCUAUGUGGGGGUACCGUUGAUUACGGGUUUUGCUUUGCUGCAAGUUUUGGGUGCAUUGAAAGAACAAAAACUAUGGGAUGUACCAAAUUGGGUGCCAUUUUUGACAAGUUUUGUUACUUUUGGAAGUUCAGCACUUGGAAUUGCUUAUGGGACAUUAUCUACAAGUUGGGAUAUAGAGAAAGAAGGUUCGUUUCUUGGAUUUGAACAGGCUCAAAAAAAUUGGGAUGAGGUGUGGAAAGAAGAAGAUGAAAAUAAUAUGUAAUCAAGCUUAUUCAAAUCAAUGGAAUAGUUUCCUACAAAUCACACAAUAUUGAAAUUGUUGUACACUAAGAAUGUACAAUUAGUAUAAUCUAUGUGUAAUAGUAUAUAUACACGGAACAUUUUGAGCCCACUUUUGAUUUAUGAAAAUUUGUUUAUC